AUGCAACAAAGUGCACUAACUAUUACGAGACAUGAGUCACAGACCAGAGAAGAGGUCAUUAACCCCAUGCAGUGUCAACGACCUGACUCCGCCUCCAAGGCGGACGCUAAUGCGUACACGCAGGAGGCGUCGCCUUCAACUGUUAAGGCCAUACCCUCUUACGCAGCAUUGGUCAAGGAGGGACAAGGGGCCACAGCUAAAGGCGGUGCUAAUAAGGAUUAUAUGUUUCAGUCGUCUACUACAGAAGAUGACAUAAAAGAAUAUCUUACUGAAAAAGGUAUAGAAGCCAUGGGAGUAGAAGUUUUACAAUCAAAAAUGCCAACAAACUUUCGUUCGUUUAAACUCGUAGUUAAGAAGAAUGUUUAUAAGGAAACUUGGUUACACUCUGAUGAAUUAAGUUUAUUAGAUAAUAUUAAUCUCAACUUCUAUACUUUGGGAACCUCUGCCAUGAACCUGGCAAAUUCACAUCAUGGCCGACCCUACGGCGGAGUAGCAAUAUUGUGGCAUAAAAAUAUUAAUGCAACACCAGUAAAAUGUGAUUCACCGAGGCUAACUGCUAUACAUAUUAAAGGCGUUGAUACAAGCAUAUUACUCAUUACUGUAUAUAUGCCUACCGAGUGUAAUGACAAUUUAGAAGAAUUUUCUGAUUGCUUGAGUAAAAUAAUUACAAUUGCCGAUGAGAAAGAAUGUCAUGAUUGUAUAAUUAUGGGAGACUUUAAUGCAGAUCCACAGAGAUUCUUCGGCAAAGAAUUAUUACAGUUCGCAAACGAAAACAUGUUUAGUUGUGUAGAUAUAGAUGAGAUGCCGAAGGAUUCAUAUACCUUUCUUAGCGAUGCACAUAACUCCACGUCAUGGCUUGAUCAUUGUAUGAUAUCUUACUCAUUGAAAAGCCAUAUUAACUCAAUAUCGAUAGAUUAUAAUGUAGACUGGUCCGAUCAUAGGCCGCUAUCAAUUUCACUCAAUUUAAAGAACCUUAACCAUGCCAAAAGCAUCACAGAAAAGCCAAAAGCUUUGCCAAUCACUUGGAAGGCAAAAAGUGACCAAGAAUUAAUAAAAUACGCAAGAGAAGCAGAUCUCAUGUUGCAUAAAAUUAAACCACUAGACGUCACUAACAUUACACAAUUGAGUCGGGAGGUAGCGACAAAGUUAAUAGACAAUAAUUAUGAGCGGAUAGUUUCGUCUCUAAGGGCAGCUGCUAAUCGAGUCUUCGCUCUUAAACCAUCAAACGGAUCGAAGAAGCGCAGAAUACCAGGAUGGAAUGAGCGGGUCAAACAGGCCUAUGCAACAUCGAAAGAGGCUUGUAUCAAUUGGGUUGCCGCAGGUAGACCCUCGACCGGGGUGGUGGCGGAGAAAAGGUCAAGUACUAAGAAAGAUUUCAAGAGGGAAUAUAAAAAAUGCUUGAGAGAUUCCGAGGAAAUCAAGGCCAGCAGGAUAGCACUUAGUCUUCACAAUAAGAACUUUAAUAGCUUCUGGAGACAGACAAAUAAAGCUAUGAAGACAAACAACAAGACGUUGGCUGUUGAAGUUAACGGAAAAUCGGACGAAAGGGAUAUAGCUAAGGAAUUUGCCAGCCAUUUUGGUUUCACAACUAGUCACCCGGCAGACAAAACACCUAUGUCGUGUAGAAUUAUUUCUAUUUCCGCCGCCGAGGUCGAUAAAAUUAUCCAAUGUGAGAACAGAAAUAAGGCGGCAGGACAUGACGGCCUUGUGGCUGAGCAUUUGAUAUAUUCAGGCCCCUACCUACCGACACUGUUAGCCGCUCUGUUUAGCGCUUGUCUCACUAUGUGUCACAUACCAACCGACAUGAUGAAAACCACUGUAGUAUAG